CGGCCCGCGUGACCUCCUCGUGGUCCGACCUGUGGUUUGGGCCAGCGGCUGGUGGGGCUCGGCGACUCCAUGGGCCUCAGUUUCUCCUCUGAUGACGUGAGCUUCGCUUCCAGAGACGAGGGCCCGCCUCGCUGGGCUGGGCGCACCCCCUGGGGCAGGACUGGCUCCAACCUGGGCCCCGCGCUGCGGCUUUCUCGGUGGCCGAGGCUAGGCCGUCCCCGGGGUGGCCAGGAGAGCACCGUAAACUCUUCAGCCUGCUCCGUGGCUGCGAUCUCAGAAAAAGCACCAGUUCUGUGAUGUGCAGCAGCAUAUACUGGGCAUCUGUGACCCUCUGAUGGGCUUUGGGAUCUUUUUCUGUAAGGAGUCCAGUAAAGGAGAAGUACAUCUGCAUGAUGAACACCUAAACAUGCCAAAAAGCAAAUGGAUUUCCACCUGACAAAUCCUCGGGAUCCAAGAAGCAGAAACAGUAUCAGCGGAUUCGAAAGGAGAAGCCUCAACAACACAACUUCACCCACCGCCUCCUGGCUGCAGCUCUGAAGAGCCACAGCGGGAACAUAUCUUGCAUGGACUUUAGCAGCAAUGGCAAAUACCUGGCCACCUGUGCAGAUGAUCGCACCAUCCGCAUCUGGAGCACCAAGGACUUUCUGCAGCGAGAGCACCGCAGCAUGAGAGCCAAUGUGGAGCUGGACCACGCCACCCUGGUGCGCUUCAGCCCUGACUGCAGAGCCUUCAUCGUCUGGCUGGCCAACGGGGACACCCUCCGUGUCUUCAAGAUGACCAAGCGGGAGGAUGGGGGCUAUACCUUCACAGCCACCCCAGAGGACUUCCCUAAAAAGCACAAGGCGCCUGUCAUCGACAUUGGCAUUGCUAACACAGGGAAGUUUAUCAUGACUGCCUCCAGUGACACCACUGUCCUCAUCUGGAGUCUGAAGGGUCAAGUGCUGUCUACCAUCAACACCAACCAGAUGAACAACACACAUGCUGCUGUAUCUCCCUGUGGCAGAUUUGUAGCCUCCUGUGGCUUCACCCCGGAUGUGAAGGUUUGGGAAGUCUGCUUUGGAAAGAAGGGGGAGUUCCAGGAGGUGGUACGAGCCUUCGAACUCAAGGGCCACUCCGCGGCUGUGCGCUCAUUUGCUUUCUCCAACGACUCGCGGAGGAUGGCUUCUGUCUCCAAGGAUGGUACAUGGAAACUGUGGGACACAGAUGUGGAAUACAAGAAGCAGCAGGACCCCUACUUGCUGAGGACAGGCCGCUUUGAAGAGGCGGCGGGCGCUGCACUGUGCCGCCUGGCCCUCUCCCCCGACGCCCAGGUCUUGGCCUUGGCCAGUGGCAGCAGUAUUCAUCUCUACAAUACCCGGCGGGGCGAGAAGGAGGAGUGCUUUGAGCGAGUCCAUGGUGAAUGUAUCACCGACUUGUCCUUUGACAUCACCGGCCGCUUUCUGGCAUCCUGUGGGGACCGGGCUGUGCGGCUCUUUCACAACACUCCUGGCCACCGGGCCAUGGUGGAGGAGAUGCAGGGCCACCUGAAGCGGGCCUCCAACGACAGUACCCGCCAGAGGCUGCAGCAGAAGCUGACCCAGGCCCAAGAGACCCUGAAGAGCCUGGGUGCCCUGAAGAAGUGACUCUGGGAGGGCCCGGCGCAGAGGAUUGAGGAGGAGGGAUCUGGCCUCCUCCCAGCGCUGCUGCCACCUUUCCUCCCAGGUGGAAGCCUUUCAGAAGGAGUCUCCUGGUUUUCUUACUGGUGGCCUUGCUUCUUCCCAUUGAAACUACUCUUGUCUACUUAGAUCUCUUCUUGCUGGUUGUGACUCCUCCCUGACUAGUGACCAAGGUGCUUUUCUUCCUCCCAGGCCCAAUGGGUAGAAUCUAUUCCCACCCGGUGCUGAGGAGAGUGGUAGAAAGAGGAGACAGAACGAUUUUUGGCCUUGUGGCAGCACAUCCUCACACCCAAAGAAGUCUGUAAAUGUUCCAGAACAACCUAGAGAACACCUGAGUACUAAGCAGCGAUUUUGCAAGGAUGGGAGACUGGGAUAGCUUCCUAUCACAGAACUGUGCUCCAUCAAAAAGAUACUAAGGGAUUUCUUUCUGGGCCUCAGUUCUGUUUGUAAGAUGGAGAAUAAUCCUCUCUGCGAUCUCCUUACAAAGAUGAUGUGAGGCUAAGAGAGUAUCAAGUCCCUAGGUCUGGAAGAAAAGUGGAAAAGAGUAGUACUAUUGUCCAGUGGCAUUAAAGUGGUAAAAGUGGGAACCAGUGUGCUUCGAAACCAAAUUAGAAACACAUUCCUUGGGAAGGCAAAGUUUGUUGGGACUUGAUCAUACAUUUUGUAUGGUUGGGAGUCCUCUCUUCGGGAGAUGAUAUCCUGUUUAAGGAGACCUCUUUUCAGUUCAUCAGAUAUUUGCGUGCCUACUCUGUGCCCAAAUAAAUACAUGCUGGAGAUUAAAUAUGAAUAAGACAUGGUUUCUGCCAUCAAAGAUGGCUGGUGGGAGAGAGAGAUACGCCCUUAUUAAGUGCUUUGUGUAGUUUAUUCAUAGCUACUGUUGUAUAUGUCAAGGAAAGAGAGGACCAGAGCAGGACAGAGGCAAUGGGUAUUGAAGUUGAAGGGAUACAUUCGAUAAGAGAUUGAGUAUUGAGAAGUUUAAAUUUGUGAAUUUGAAGGCUGCUUGGAUGUGGCAGAUAAGGGAAAUGAGGUAUCUGGGAAGACUUGAGUGUAGGCAAAAUUUAUUCAUCCCAAGUCAAACUCUUGGUCUCUCUGACGAAAACUACGACCUCCUUUGGUCGCCCCCGACCUCUCACCUCUCAAUGUUGGAACAAGCCACAAUCUUGGAGUUAUCCUUGAUGACUCCCCACUCAUUAUCCCCUCUGUCCCACCACCACUGCCGUCGUCCGUCCACCAAAACAUUCUUUUGGUUACACUCCAGGUGACAUCCUGAGGCUGUUGCUUCUCUCCGUCUUUUCUGUUACCAUCCUGGUCCUGGCCCCUGUCACCUAGUGGGCCAAUAUAAUAUGGCUUCCUAAUGGAUCUUCCUGCUUCCUCUGUUACCUCAUUACUUUUCUAUAUAGCAGAGUGAUCUUUUGAAAAUGUGAACCAGAUCACAUUAUUCCCUAGUUAAAACCCCCCAAGGCAUCACACUUGGAAUAAAAUCCAAAAGAAUUUUU